CUUCAAACAACGUGCACCUGACAGCUACCUCGUGGUAAACAAAAACGGCGUGAGCGUGCUGCGGUUCUGUAAAUAGGGCGCAAAUUUGCUAAAAAUUUCGUGAUAAUCGUUUGCUAAACGCACCAAAUACACACUCAUCAUGAUUCGCAACGUUCGCUUCCUGCGUUGGGCUGUUGGUAAAAGUUUCACCAGCGGUAAGUCUACCACGACCGUGGCACCAUCCUCCCAGUGGAACGCCGGUAUCAUUGCACAACCCAGCAGCGGAAUUGCAACAUGCAAUAUCAAACCGCUGUCGGCGAUGUCUUCGGGCAUGAGCGCUAAACACGCUGCCGGCUUCUCUAUCGCUAGCCGACAAAUUCAUACCAAAGGCGAGCGUGAGCUAGUCGAGUUUCUGGCGGAGGAAAUCGUGGCAGAGAAGAAGGCCAGCCCCAGCGCUACCAUUCCGACGUCCCUGAACGGAUUCGCCAUCACGUGCAACAAGGCCGAUGUGGAGCUGACGAAAUCGUCCGAACGUGAAAAGAUCACGAUUUCGUUCAACGUUAACCACACGGUAGACAUGGAGGGCGAAGAGGCCGAAGCCACGGAAAACAAGCCGGAGUUUUCUGCUAUGAAGAGUCGUCCCCAGUUCGAGGUUGACAUUGUGCGCGGUGGAACGACGCUGUCUUUCACCUGCUCCUAUCUGCCCGGCGAAGCGCAGGAAGGAGAGUACAAUGAUGUGUUCAGCAUUGACGAAGUUACCAUCUACCAGGGUGAAUGGAGUGACAAAGUUUACGCAGUCGCUGGCGACGUUCUUGAUGGGUACCUGUAUGAUCUGUUGAUGAAUUUCCUCGAGGAGAAGGGUGUCAGCAACGAGUUCGCGGAGAAAAUGUCCGACUUUGCCAGUGCGUACGAACACGCCAAGUACGUCGAACUGCUGGAAGCUAUCUCGAAGUUUACCGUUGAGAAGAAGUAAUGUUGUCCACUUGUGAAUCGCUGGGCAAACCGAUCAUCAUCACCUUUAUCAUAUUGAUGAGUUUACACACAGGAAUGAAAAGCCAUACUCCGUCUCUGCUAUCGAAUAUUUGCAUCCACUGUAUGUCCCUUGAGCAGAGGAAGAUGGGAAUGGAAAGCGUCCUAGGAACCAUUGCUGCAUUUGUUAUCGUCAGGCGAAAGAAGAAGACAGUGAACCAAACUCAGUGUCAUAGUUUCAUAGCAUUUCAUCGUACAAUAAAAUAGUUAAAACUCUA